UGGGGCACGGGGAGCGGAGGCCGCGGCGGCCGGCGCUGGAAUGUCGGGGAGCUCGAAGGUGGUGCUGGGCCUCUCGGUGGUGCUGACGGCGGCCACCGUGGCGGGCGUGCAUAUGAAGCAGCGGCAGGACCAGCAGAGGCUUCGUGACGGAGUGAUCAGAGACAUUGAGAGGCAAAAUCGGAAAAAAGAAAAUAUUCGUCUUUUGGGAGAACAGAUUCUUCUGACUGAGCAACUUGAAGCAGAAAGAGAGAAGAUGGUGUUGGCAAAAGGAUCUCAAAAAACGUGA